UGUCUGACUUGGAAACAAAGGUGUAAAUGUAACCUGAGGGGCAGGCAGAGGAGGAUCAGCCUAGUAUCUGUCUGGGAAAAACAAGCUGCAGUUAGAGCAACCAAGGCAGCUCAGGAGCUGUCAGAUCCUCUCCCUCUCCUCUUCUCCAUGGCUUGCCUAGACAAAUGUCAUUGUGCUGUAGAUAACAGAAGACAUGGUAGCAUUUUGUACAAUAUCCUGAAAAAUGAAGAGCACACGGAUUCACACAACAGCAGCAAAAUUAGAAAGGAAGAUCACAGUAGGCUAUAUGGACAAGGAUGCUCCUGUGGAUCACAGAAGAAAGUCACUCUUAAGAGCCCACAGGUAACAUGUAAGGCAGCAUCAGCAGUGCUGGUAAAGACCCUGAGGUUUGUGAAAAGUGUGCCAUGUUUCCAGGAGCUGCCACUGGAGGACCAGUUACUGUUGGUCAGGAGCUGCUGGGCACCGCUGCUAGUGCUGGGACUUGCACAGGACAAGGUGGAUUUUGAGACAGUGGAAACAUCAGAGCCCAGCAUGUUGCAAAGGAUUUUAACCAAUAGUCAAGGAGGAGAGAGAGAACUUCAUCAUGAGCAUCCAGAGCAAGACUUUUUAUUUGGGAACAGCCAACAUCAGCAGCAAAACAAACUCUCCCAACUGCCUUCUGCUACAGAGAUCAGGUGGAUCAAAGAAUUUUUAGAGAAGUGCUGGAGUCUGGCCAUAAGCACCAAAGAAUAUGUCUAUCUGAAAGGGAUUGUCCUGUUUAAUCCAGGUUUACCUGGAUUGCACUGUGCACAGUAUAUCCAAGGGUUACAACAAGAAGCCCACCAAGCUUUAAAUGAGCAUGUAAAGAUGAUUCAGCGAUGGGACAACGCUAGAUUCACCAAGCUCAUAAUAGUUCUCUCCUUGCUACGGUCCAUCAAUGCCAAUGCCAUUUCUGAACUGUUCUUUAGACCCAUCAUCGGCACUGUGAAUAUGGAUGACAUGCUGUUGGAGAUGCUGGGAGCAAAGAUAUAGCUGUAACUUUGUAAUACUGACUGCAGUACAAAAGGAAAAAUACAUAAUAGGAUAUGUAUAUAGAUUUAAGACGACAAAAGGGCAGAUGCCCUCACUUUCUAAAUGAGUGGACAUUCUGUACACUAAAAGCUUUUAUAGUAACUUUCUUUACCUAAAUGGGAUCAAAUGGUUUUUAGCUUUUCCGAUACUAUGACUGAAAAAUAUAGCACUAAACAAUUUAUUUUAACAAGCAUCAUUGAUGGUGUGCAACAUACAAUACUCUUACCUACCAGUUUAAGAGCAAUCUAUAAACUUUGCACUUUGACCGAUCUUGAGGAAGAAUAAGUGAUCGGAGAAUUAUUUUCCCAGACAGUUGCUAUUGUUCCCCUGAGAUAUGGCUGCCACCAGAAGAGUUUAACUAGAACAUAAGCUUGCUCUCUCAGCCAGUAGUAAUCUGCAAGGUCUAACCUGCGAGGUUAUACUCCAAUUAUUCAUAUGGUCCAUUAUUACAUAUUUGGGGUGACUCCAUUACUAAAAUUAUGAAUGAUCCUUAUUUAGAAGGAUUAUUAUUAUUUAUUACGUUAAUUAUUAAAUUGUAAGAAUGGAUUUUUUUAACAAGGCAGAGGUCAAACUGUAGUAAACUAUAGCAACCAGUAAGAAUCCAUUACUGUUUUCCUGAACAAGCUUAAAUUGUGAAUCUGCUUUUUACCUCGACAAUUGUUCAAAUGCAGUUUAUUGCCUUUGGAGAUGUGCCAUGAGAAUAAUUUUUAGUUUUCAACAGCAAAAGGUGGUUUUUGCUACUAGUGAAAUAAAUGUUUGCUUUUCUUGUAUUGAGAUCUAAACAAACAGUGCUAAACCCCACCUAAAAAAUACCCAUGCAGUGCCCUCCCCCCACACUGCAGGGGUUAGAUGCUUGUUAAAGGGGUUGUAAAGGUUCUUAUUUUCUAAAUAAGUUCCUUUAAGCUAAGCUAGUGCAUUGUUUUCCUUCG